UUUACAAAAUACAUUGUGGUAGUGGAUUGCAUUAAAAUGGCAGCUAAAUUUGUACUCUUUGUUUGCGCCCAGGUGUUGCUUGUGCAGAGCAUCACUGCAUCAUGCGCCGGCCGCUACAACGGUUACGGCAACGUCCUAGCCGCGGAAUACGCAGCUGACCGUCUCGCCGCUGACAUUUACGCUGCCGACCGCUGCGCUGACAUCUAUGCCGCUGACCGCUUCGCCGACAUUUACGCCGCCGAACGCUACGGCGAACGCUUGGGCGCUCCCUUCGGUUUAGGCUACGACUACCCAGUGGGCUACGGUGCCGCGUCUUACGGUGGUGGUUUGGCUGUAGCCAGUUCAUCUCCCCUCCCAGCUAGCGGUGUUUCCAUCCUCUCUGAGAACGCCUUUGAAGGUCCUUUGGCUGUCGCUGGUCAGUUACCGUUCUUGGGUACCGCCGCUGUGGAAGGAGCUCUGCCUACUAUUGGAGCUGGUGCUGUCAACUACGGUUGUGGUAACGGCAAUGUUGGUAUCUUGAACGAGGGUCUUUCUGGAUACGGACCCGCGGUCGGCGCGUACGGAUCCGCGUACGGAUCCGCGUACGGUCCAGCGUACGGCCCGUACGGUGCGUACGGAGCGUACGGCAGCGCAUACGGCAAUGGCCUGGGUUGUGGAAGAUGCCUGUAAGGUGCAACACAAGUAACAACGCUGAGGCGAUGGAAAUAAAUUAUUUGAAGCAUUA